AUGGCUGAUCCUAUAGCCGUUUUACAAAGUAGAAUUGAGCAACUUGAAGCCAAACUUGGGCUCGCAGCUAAUUCUCCUAUAGACGGACAACAAGGUGAUUCUGCAACAGCAAAUCUUUUAAAUACUGCUCAAGGUAUGAAUAAUGCAAUAGCGGGACAUGAGAAACUUGCAGGAGCGAUGCAAAUGGCCACAGAAUUAAAUAACUACACUGACCCAAAUUACAUUCAAAAUCUCCAGAACAAUCAGAUGAGAAUGCAAGAAGUAGCUGCUGCUGAGCCCACUUUACAACAUCACUGUCAGUGUAUGCAUCGCUGCAAGCAGGCAGCAGCUGUGCUAGAAUCAGAGCCUAUUCAGCACGCCCCUCAAAUGCAAGAGGUAGUAAACAAUAUGCAAGCUGCUGCUGCUGAAGUAAAAGUAGAAGCUGAACAGGUUACGCAUGGUGUACAGGAAUUGGCAGAGACUUGUGGUGCAGCAGCCAAUGAAGCAUCUCAGCAGUUAGCUGAUGUUGCUCAGAAAGUAGAACAAGUUGAGCAAAAGAUGUUCCCUCGCAGAAGGAAUGGACUAGACUAG